AUGGACGCACAACCGGAUUCUGAGUUGCGCAAGACUUGCGAUAGUCCAAAUGUCUUUCCAAAGAACCCUUUGAGACCGUCAAUCUCGCGGAAGAGUAUGGUGCGUCCGUAUGACUUUUCUCCGGCUCGCAAACUUCACAUCGUCGUUGCAGGGAUAUACUUCGUCUUCAACAGCUCCCUAGGUUCUUCCCUACCAUCGGGUGCUCAUGAUGCUAUUGCCGACUAUUUCCAUAUCCCACAAGAUGACUUGAAGAUGGUGCUCCCAACUUCACUCUACAUGGCCGGGUUUGCCAUCGGCCCUCUCAUCUUUGGCCCCUUGAGCGAACGCUUUGGCCGGAGACCCAUCUUGGUUACAACGUUUGCAAUAUAUAAUCUCUUUACCAUGGCAUGUGCAUUGGCCCCAACCUUUCCAGCUCUUCUGAUCUUCCGCUUUCUUUGUGGUCUGGGAGGUUCAGCACCGAACGCAGUACUGGGCGGCCUAUUCUCCGACAUAUACAACGAUCCUCACCAGCGUGGAAUGGUGAUGUCGAUAUUUAUGUUCGCAACGACAUUUCCCCCUCUCUUGGGACCUAUCAUUUCUGGGUUUAUCUCCACUGUAUCUUGGAGAUGGACAUUCUGGGCAGGCUUUAUCAUCGGAGGUGUUGGUUUUCCUCUCGUCCUUGUAAUGCCUGAGACGUAUAUGCCAGUUUUAUCUCGGAAACACGAAAAGGCUUUGGGUCAAAGCCAAAUCGACUCGGAAGCAGCCAAACCUCACCUGCACGAACCCAAACUGUCGGAUAGCAUUGGCGUCGUCCUCAGUCGUCCCUUCACCAUGAUCGUUCGGGAGCCGAUUGUGUUCUGUUGUUCGAUGUACUUGGCUUUGAUCUACUCCAUAUUGUAUUUGUUCUUCCAAGCAUACCCCAUCGUUUUCCAAGGGUUAUACGGGAUGACACCAGGCGUGGCAGGUUUGGCCUUUCUUCCAAUUCUGCCGGGGUCAAUCCUUGCCUUUGUGCUUUUCUGCCUGUACAGCUCGUAUCACACCAAAGCCUUGAAAAACGGCUUAGCAUGGGCGAAAGUGGAAGAGUAUCGCCGUCUACCACUCGCCUGCGUCGCAGCGCCCGCAAUUCCCAUUGCGCUCUUCUGGCUCGGAUGGUCGUCAAGAUCUUCUAUUCACCCUGUCAUGCCCAUGAUGUCUGGGGUUUUUUUCGGAUUCGGCUAUCUUUUGAUCUUCAUCGCGCUUCUUAAUUACCUUACCGAUGCUUACAAGCAAUAUUCGGCAUCGGCAGCGGCAGCGGCAAGUACAUUACGGUCCAUCUUUGCCGUGUGUCUUCCCCUGGCCACUACGCCCAUGUAUACCAAAUUAGGUAUUAAUUGGGCUAGCUCGUUAUUGGGAUUCUUUGCCAUAGCGAUGGCUGUCAUUCCUUUUGUGUUCAUCAAGUAUGGAAGUUGGAUCCGUGAAAAUAGCAAAUUCGCCCAAAGAGCGGCGCAGCGAUAUACUACCUCAUGA